GGUAGCUCCAUUCUUGAUCCCCCACGACCUCAUCCCAUCUCCGUUCACCUUUCAUCCAUCACUUUUGCACAUUCUCAUACCCGCCGGAGCUUGUAAUUGUGGAAAGACGCACUCAUGGCUGAUCGCUACUCCUUUUCUCUGACCACGUUUUCCCCCAGCGGAAAGCUGGUUCAGAUUGAAUAUGCCUUGAACGCUGUCAACCAGGGUGUAACUGCUCUGGGCAUCAAAGCUACCAACGGAAUUGUUCUGGCAACCGAAAAGAAAGCCAACUCACCUCUCAUUGACCCGCCUUCCCUCUCCAAGAUCUCCCUGAUUACACCCGACAUCGGCAUGGUCUACGCUGGAAUGGGCCCAGACUACCGUGUGCUCGUGGACCGGGCCCGCAAGGUUUCUCACACUGGCUACAAGCGCAUCUAUAACGAAUACCCCCCUACCCGGAUAUUAGUGCAGGACGUUGCCCGAGUUGUUCAAGAAGCGACUCAAUCUGGUGGUGUCCGACCGUACGGUGUCAGCUUGUUGAUUGCUGGCUGGGACGAGGGCGUUGAGCCUGAAUCAGGAGAGGCCCAGCGGGGUGAUGGCGAGGACGAGCCUAAGAAAGCAACUGGCAAGACGGGUGGUAUCUUGAAGGGCGGCCCCAGUCUGUACCAGGUCGACCCCAGUGGCAGUUACUAUCCGUGGAAGGCCACGGCCAUUGGAAGACAUGCGACGAGCGCAAAGACAUUCCUUGAGAAACGUUACACCGAGGGUCUCGAGCUGGAAGAUGCCAUUCACAUUGCUCUCCUGACUUUGAAGGAGACCAUCGAGGGAGAGAUGAACGGUGAUACGAUAGAAAUUGGCAUUGUUGGUCCUCCCGCCGAUCAUCUGCUUGGUUAUGAGGGUGUCGAAGGAUCGCGCGGACCCCGUUUCAGGAAGCUGAGUAAGGAGGAGAUUGAGGACUAUCUCACCAACCUAUGAACUACCCCAUAGAUCGAUACAGAUCUUGACAUACCGAGCCUUGUAGUAUAAUAGACACGACUCAAGUCUUGCGAGGUUUCCGCGAUAUGACAGGGCGUCCCGGCCACGCAGUAACCGGGGAGCUGAAAGGUGGGUUUUCAGGAGUGACCCUGGAACCUGACGAAUAUUUGGGCGGUUCUAGACUCGCCAGUAAUACUUCAAAAACCUGAUCGGAAAUGAAUGCUAUUGUCAAUGAAAUUGCACGACUG